AUGGCGACAGAUGUGAGCCCACUCACCGAUAGCCCCUUUACGGGGCGUAGAAUGGAGCGUAUGUACCCGAUCAUUCUAUGCGCGUGCCGGUUUGUGCUUUCCCUAACGCAGUUCUCCGUUGCCAUGGACACGUUUGUGUUGCUCAGGGAGAAGAAUAGGAUGCCCAACUACGACUACGACAUGUCGCUCACCAAGCUCGCAGAAACGGCGCAGAACUAUGACUGGGUUCCAGUGUACCCAACUUCUGAUGCUGUGCCAAACGAUUACGGGAAAAAUAAGUUGUUCAAUCUCUUCAUCCUCAGGCUCGUACAUUACCUUCACCGCCAGUUGGGACAGUUGAUUAUGUACCCCUCGACUCUAUCGCUAUUCUUUAUGACCAUUCUAAGUCUCUACGACUUGUUCGAGUUCUUCCAAUCGCGCUGGUCGCCGAUCAGGGUUCGGAAGCUGGGGGCGCUGAUGCAAAAGAUCUUCUACACCACCACGUUCAUCGUCAUCACCGUGCAGCUGGUGACUAUGCUUUACGAAAGCAGCGAAAUAUGCCACAUGGAGAUCAUGUGUCCGUUCCUUUUUUCAUCCAAGGGCACUGCAGUGAACAAUAUGUUGAUAAGGAGUGGAGUGCGUUCGUUGAAGGGUCGUCUGGUGGCGUGCAUUCUGUUCAAUUUGGGUUCACUGGUUCCGGACACGUAUCUGAUUUUGGUUCGCACGUUGCAACCGCUUCGCUUAUACGUCAUUGUUAACGCGUUGAAGGUGGCCGGUGGCACGUUGUGUUUCUCCACGUUCGUCAUGAUCUGCAUCGUCAGAUUUUACAUCAACGCAGCAAUAGACCCUAGGCUUCUCGCUGACAAGACUACUCAGCAGCUGAUGAACAAAGGAACUGUUAUGAACCAGAAUGCCUUCAACACCUCUUACAUGAAAACCGAUCUAACGUACCUGCCGGUAUUUAAUCUCAAGGACACUCUGCACUCACGAAUCGAGCGUACGGUUGCCGGGAUGCAGAAUAAUAAGCUGGUGGUGCCGGAUUUCCUUAAGGAUCCGUCGGCAUCACGCAGCCAAGCAGCCGUUGACUUGCAGACCAAUCUGACGAUGUACAGCUUCUUACGCAGCAGCUUUGCACAGGUGAGAACGACGUUGGAUGUUAUUUUCUACCAAUCGCUGUAUUUGACGAUAAUGUGUAUGACGCUGGGUCUGUACGGGUUCGUGCUUGUCAUUAAACGUCACAAGCUCAUCCUGUACAUCAACCUGAUGGUCAACAUCAUUGCAACCCUCGUACACAUAUGCCACGCACUGAUGCUGGUGUACGGGAUGCACGUUUCUGACUUCUUCUGUACAAUCGAUGCAUACACGCCGGCGAACGUGCCGCCGAGUUUGGGGACCAUGGCCAUCUACACGUGGAUGUGCAGGACCAAGACACUCUCUAUUCUGAUGUUUGUCAUCGCAAUAUUACAGGCUGUACUGUCACUCACGGACUCUGUGGGGCUGUAUCUUUUAUGGUGA